AGAACCCACGUCCAUGCUCUGACUCGACGUAGUGUGCCCUCUGCGUUCACAGAGAGAUUCUUCAGCAGUGAGUGUACAGCUGAGCUGGAGAACGGUGUUUGGUGAAGGCAGUCUGCCUCUCGGAAAAGCGCGGCUCAAACUUUCAACGAUCUUGACUUCCACAACGCUUUUUCUUUAUUAAACUUUUUUUUUUAUUGAAGCGGGAUACAUUUUAAUGAACAACUGUGGUAAAUAUAUUUACUGUCAUGGAGCGACGUGGGUUUUCCUUACUUUGCUGGGGCACGAUACCUUUCCUGUUUAUAUCCGUUCUGGAACCGAGCGGAGUCGAUGGGAGGUUCCAGCCGUCCUUCAAUCUCAACAAGUUGUGUAAGUUCUGUGACGUGGAGGCUUCAUCCUGCAACGGAACAGGAAGCUGCCUCUCCAACUGCUCCAUCACCUCCAUCUGUCGUCUGGAGCAGGAAGUCUGCAUCGCCAUCUGGAGGAAGAAUGACAGUAACUACAGCAUCGAGACUCUGUGUCAUGACCCCUCCAAGCCUCUGUACGGCGUCGAGCUGGAUGACUACAACAGCUCUACGUGUACCAUGAAAGAGAAGAAGAGCUCUGGAGGACCGUUGUUCAUCUGCUCCUGCACUGAGGAGGAGUGUAACGAUAACCUGGCCUUCGCUCCUGUGGUUGGCCCGACCUUCGAGUCCCCGGUGGUAUCGAUCGUCCUGAUCAGCCUGUUGCCCUUACUGGUCCUAGUGGUAGUAGUCAUCACUAUGUUCUACUGGUACCGAGUCCAACGCCAUCGCAAACUCAGCCAGGAACAGUGGGACAACAAGAAGUCCAAACACAAAGGCAAAGGUCUGGACUGCAGCAUCAUGAUGGACGACGAUGGAUCAGACAGCAGCUCAACGCACGCCAACAACCUCAACCACAACACUGAACCCCUACCCAUCGAGCUGGACCUGCAGGUUGGUAAGGGGCGCUUCGCUGAGGUGUUCAAGGCCAAGCUGAGGCAGCCCGGCUCCUCGUCGGACCAGUAUGAGACGGUGGCCGUGAAGAUCUUCCCUGAGGAAGAGUACGCAUCGUGGAAGAACGAGAAGGACAUCUUCUCCGACAUCAACCUUCGCCACGACAACGUCCUCCACUUCCUCACAGCAGAGGAGAGAAAGAUGUCAAAGCAGUACUGGCUGAUCACAGCCUUCCACCCCCGAGGAAACCUUCAGGAGUACCUGACCCGUAACCUGGUCUCCUGGGAGGAUCUACGGGGUCUGGGCGGGUCCCUGGCCUGCGGGGUGGCACACCUUCACAGUGACCACACGGCCUGCGGGCGGCCCAAGGUGCCCAUCGUACACCGCGACCUGAAGAGCUCUAACAUCCUGGUGAAGCAGGAUCUGACCUGUUCCCUGUGUGACUUUGGACUGGGGCUCAGACUGGAUAACACCAUGACAGUGGAUGAUCUAGCUAACAGCGGACAGGUGGGCACAGCCAGGUACAUGGCUCCUGAAGUGCUGGAGUCCAGGCUGAACCUGGAGAACAUUGAGUCGUUCAAGCAGACAGAUGUCUAUUCUAUGGCUCUUGUGUUGUGGGAGAUCACCUCCCGCUGUCAUGCCAUCGGAGAGGUGAAGGACUAUGAACCUCCAUAUGGCUGUAAAGUUCAGAUGCAUCCUGGUGUGGAGAGCAUGAAGGAUCACCUCCUCAGAGACAGAGGAAGACCUGAGAUCCCAGACAGCUGGAUCAACCACCAGGGCAUAGCCAUAGUGUGCGGCUCCAUAGAGGAGUGUUGGGACCACGACCCGGAGGCCAGGCUCACAGCCCAGUGCGUGGCCGAACGCUUCAGCGAGAUAGAAGACGAGAUGGAGAAACUGUCCAGCCGCAGCAGCUCGGACGAGAAGAUACCAGCGGAGGAACGGAAGAUACCGACAAUACCCGAAGAAGAACGACCGACGAUAGCAGAACAGAUGGAAGAGGUCAAAGUAGUGGUGGAGAGCUCUGUGAGCGAUGAGAAGUGAGGGAAGGGAGAGAGAGAGGACAUGGAACCCAGGACUAGAAUGUCCGUAUGUCACAAACACACCACUCACGUUGCUAUGGGAACUAAACAGCCACACCCAGACAAACAGGCCACACCUGGCAGAUAGCCAGGACAGUGAAUGUACUGUAUUACUGUACUGUACUGCUUAUACUCUUCUGUAUUGUAUUACCAGAAUACAUACAGUAUUUAUACUGUAUAAAAUAAGUAUAUACCGUUUACAGUAUUUGGAUGUACUGUACUGUAUUAUAUUGGAGGUUUACCCACUGAAGAGGACAGGACAUGACAAUGGAAGAGAUUAUAGCCAAAGACUGAGAUUACAGGACAUGACAAUGGAAGAGAUUAUAACCAAAGACUGAGAUUACAGGACAUGACAAUGGAAGAGAUUAUAACCAAAGACUGAAAUUACAGGACAUGACAAUGGAAGAGAUUAUAACCAAAGACUGAGAUUACAGGACAUGACAAUGGAAGAGAUUAUAACCAAAGACUGAGAUUACAGGACAUGACAAUGCAAGAGAUUAUAACCAAAGACUGAAAUUACAGGACAUGACAAUGGAAGAGAUUAUAACCAAAGACUGAGAUUACAGGACAUGACAAUGGAAGAGAUUAUAACCAAAGACUGAGAUUACAGGAUAUGACAAUGGAAGAGAUUAUAACUAAAGACUGAGAUUACAGAACAUGACAAUGGAAGAGAUUAUAACCAAAGACUGAGAUUACAGGAUAUGACAAUGGAAGAGAUUAUAACCAAAGACUGAGAUUACAGGACAUGACAAUGGAAGAGAUUAUAACCAAAGACUGAGAUUACAGGACAUGACAAUGGAAGAUUAUAACCAAAGACUGAGAUUACAGGACAUGACAAUGGAAGAGAUUAUAACCAAAGACUGAGAUUACAGGACAUGACAAUGGAAGAGAUUAUAACCAAAGACUGAGAUUACAGGACAUGACAAUGGAAGAGAUUAUAACCAAAGACUGAGAUUACAGAACAUGACAAUGGAAGAUAUUAUAACCAAAGACUGAGAUUACAGGACAUGACAAUGGAAGAGAUUAUAACCAAAGACUGAGAUUACAGGACAUGACAAUGGAAGAUAUUAUAACCAAAGACUGAGAUUACAGGACAUGACAAUGGAAGAGAUUAUAACCAAAGACUGAGAUUACAGAACAUGACAAUGGAAGAGAUUAUAACCAAAGACUGAGAUUACAGGACAUGACAAUGGAAGAGAUUAUAACCAAAGACUGAGAUUACAGGACAUGACAAUGGAAGAGAUUAUAACCAAAGACUGAGAUUACAGGACAUGACAAUGGAAGAGAUUAUAACCAAAGACUGAGAUUACAGGACAUGACAAUGGAAGAGAUUAUAACCAAAGACUGAGAUUACAGGACAUGACAAUGGAAGAGAUUAUAACCAAAGACUGAGAUUACAGGAUAUGACAAUGGAAGAGAUUAUAACUAAAGACUGAGAUUAAUAAUGUUCCUGUAUUCUAACAUGUUGGGGGAGUAGGGUAAUGUAUUCUAACAUGUUGGGGGAGUGGGGUAAUGUAUUCUAACAUG